AGGCAGCUUGCCAUGGCUGACCCCAGCCACAUCCAGUCGGCCGCCUCCAAGAGCAUCCGCCCCUUCCGCUCCAGCGAGGAGUACCUGGAGGCCAUGAAGGAGGACCUGGCCGAGUGGUUCAACACCCUCUACGACCUGGACAUCCAGGUGGACACCUUCCUGGAGAGCCUGGAGACGGGCUGUCACCUGUGCCGCCACGCCAACAACGUCAACCGCAUCGCCCUGGACUUCCAGGAGCGGCACCCCGAGGCGGCCGCCCGCAUGCGAGUGCCCCAGAACGAGGUGGUCUUCCAGGCCAAGAACGUGGUGCCCGGCUCCUUCAUCGCCCGGGAUAACGUCUCCAACUUCAUCCAGUGGUGCCGGCAGGACCUGGGCAUCCAGGACGUGCUCAUGUUCGAGACCAACGACUUGGUGCUGAAGAAGAACGAGAAGAACUUUGUCCUCUGCCUGCUGGAGGUGGCCAGGAGGGGCUCCAAGUUUGGCAUGCUGGCCCCCAUGCUGAUCCAAAUGGAGGAGGAGAUCGAGGAGGAGAUGAGGGACCAAAUGGCCGACGGCGCGCUGGGCCCGCGCCGGGAGAGCCGGGACCCCCCGGCGGGCGCCUACCCCGGCCGGGCCCGGCCCAUCACCCUGUGCGACCUCAAGAACCUGGACGAGCUGGUGCGGGAGAUCCUGGGCUGCUGCUCCUGCCCCUCGCAAUUCCCCAUGGUCAAGGUCUCGGAGGGGAAGUACAAAGUGGGCGACUCCAACACGCUCAUCUUCGUCCGAGUGCUGCGGAGCCACGUCAUGGUGCGCGUGGGCGGCGGCUGGGACACACUGGAACAUUACCUGGACAAGCACGACCCGUGUCGCUGCGCUGCCCUCUCUCACCGCCUGCCCCAGCCCCGCACCCCGGGCAUGUCCCCCCAAAAAGCAGCUCCCGGCACCUCCUCGUCCCGCGCCUCCAGCCCCAGCGUCCCCCGGCGCCCCCGGCCCGCCGGGCCCCCCCCGGCCGGGGCAGAGCGUGCCCAGCCCCGGGGGGACCCCCCGAAGCCCCCCAAGCAGGAGGGUUUGCCCCCCCGCGGGGGGGCCGCCCCCUGCUCCGGCAGCCCCUCCAGGAGCCCCGCGGAGCCGCGGGGAGCGGGGACGCUCAGGUACGGCCCCCCCGGGCUGGGGGGACCCCAAAACUGCGCCCAGACGCCACGGCAAGGACUCAGCCCCACGGAGGGGGGUGCAAGGGGGGUAUCAAGGGGAGGCCCCGGCGGGCGGCGCGACCCCCGGCCCGGCCCCGGGGACCCCGAGGAGCUGGCGCGGAGGCUGCGGGCCCCGCGCUGGCUGGAGCCCGGGCAGGAGCAGCGGCUGUUCCAGCGGCUGGAGGAGGAAUUCUUGGCCAACACGCGGCUGCUGGAGCAGCUGGGGGACACGGAGAUCCCCCCCCCCGCGCCCCCCGCCACCGCCGACUCGGCCUAUUGCUCCUCGUCAUCCUCGUCUUCCUCCCUGAACGUCUUCGCCAAGCACGGGCUGCCCGCCGAGGACGGGCGGCGGGGCGGGAGCAGCGAUGGGAACAACAACGGGAACAACAACGGGAACAACGGCGUGUGCCCCCCGCUGCCGUCCAACCCCACCCUGGCAGACGCCAGGCGCCGCUCCACCUUCUCCAGCUCCUCCGACGAGAGCUGCUGCUUCCCGGCCUCCUGGGACAACCGGGAGACCCCGGGGAACCCCGGCUCCGACACCGACUGGGCCACCGGGGAGGACGAGCUGAUGGAGAUGGAGGAGAGCCCCAAGCUGGGGGUCCCCGCGCCCCCGCCGCGGCCCUGGGCCAAGCCCCGGCUGGACACGCAGCCCCACAAGACGCCCUCCCGGAUCCCCACGCCCCGGGGCUACGGGGCAGGCGCCCACCGGGCCCCGAACGGCAGCCCCAGGGCCUGGGGGGCUCUGCAGAGCAUCCCCUCCUCCCUCCUGGAGCCCCCCUGGGCCCCGCGGGAGCGCGAGGGGCUGGAGGAGAAAGCGUGGCCAUGAGGGGUCGAUGGCCAUGGCAGCUCCUGGCAGCCCCUGGGGACAUCCCCGAGCUGCUGGGGAGGGUGGAGGUGGCACCCGGCCAGGCGAUGGCCACAGAGCUGGGGUGGCCAGGACCUCUUCACUCGGUGACUGUUGGCAUUGGGGUGGGCCUGGCAAGGAGCCCCCAGCCCCAAAGGGUGCCAGGGGUGUCCCCAUGCCAUGGGGAGCAGCUCCACAGGGGGGGCAGUCGUGUGGUCAGGGCAGUGGUGGCCAGAGCAGAGCUGGGAAUGGGGCUGGAGAGCACCCAGUUCUUUUCCUGGUCUCUUCAUUUCCUCACUCUUCUCCACUUGUUUUCCUUAUCUUGACCUUCUCUUCUUGUCUUCUCCCUUUCUUGCUAUUCUUGUCAUCCUCCUCCUCCUCCUCUCAUCCUCUCCUCUCUUCUUUUGGGCUGCCUCCUCCUCUUGUCUUCUCUCCUCCUCUUGGCCCUCACGUCCUUUCCCCUCAUCAUCUUCUCUUCUUGACCUUCCCCUCUUUUCUUCUAGGCCUCAUCAUCACCUCCUUGGCCACUUUCUCCUCUCCUCUCCAGCCCUGAGAUGACUUGGGGACAUGCAGUUUGUCACCACAAGCCCUGUUUCAGGGCAGGAGUGGGUCACUCUUCUCUCUCCAGCCCCCAGCUGGCCACAGCACUGCCCACAGCUCGUGUUCAUGUCCCCAGGGUGGGACAGGGCUGUGCCCCCAGCCCAGGCCACCGAGGCCCCACCCCUGCAUGUCCUCUCCAGCCAGUAAAGACCAACGGAGCUGA